AUGGCGAGAACACGAGGACCCGUGAUAAUAGGGGCGACCCCAUUUCAUCGUUCCAUACACGAAGUUCGGCUGCCAAAACAUUUUGACAAGCACACGGACAUGAGAUACGACGGAACGCAAGACCCUCUGGAGCACCUCACGGCCUUCGAGGCCAGGAUGAACCUGGAGGGAGUGGGGGACGAGGUAAGAUGCCGCGCUUUCCCGGUCACCCUGGCAGGACCUGCAAUACAAUGGUUCAAUAACCUCCCGCAGGGCUCGAUGACCGGCUUCGCAGACAUCAGCCAUGCCUUCUUAGCCCAAUUCACGACCAGAAUUGCAAAGGCGAAGCACCCAAUCAACCUGCUUGGGGUGACCCAACGACCCGACGAGUCGACCAAGAAAUACCUAGAUAGAGUCAACGACGAGUGCCUGGAAAUCGACGGGCUGACAGACUCAGUGGCAAGCCUGUGUUUGACGAACGGACUCCUGAACGAGGACUUCAGAAAGCACCUCACUACGAAUCCAGUAUGGACAAUGCAGGAGAUCCAAUGUGUGGCUAAGGAGUACAUUAAUGACGAAGAAGUCAGCCGGAUAGCCGAGAAAGAAAUACUGUCAAAACUCCGACCUCUGAAGGACCGAACAGGAGGAAACAAGAGCCUUUAUUGCGAAUAUCACAAGGGGUACGGACACAAGACCCAAGACUGCUUCGACCUGAAGGAUGCGCUAGAGCAUGCAAUCAGGGAUGGGAAGCUCGCCAAAUUCUCCCACAUCAUUAGAGAGCCAAGGAGACGGAAUCGCGACCACGAAGGCGAAGACAGGCCCCGGGCGACAAGGAGACGCCAAGAACCGGAGGGAGACGACCACGGCCUCACGAUGGUGAACGUAGUAACUGCCAGGAAUUUGGCCCCGAGGUCGAAAGGAGCACAGAAGAAAGACGCCAAGGUCCUGGCCGUCUCCUCCUCAUCUGCGAGAAAUUCCCGGAGGCUCCCAUCCAUCUCAUUUGGUCCCGAAGACCAGUGGUUUGACGAGAUACUGAAAAGUCCCCCUAUGGUCAUUACGGCCAGAGUCGGAACCGACCUCGUCAAGCGGAUCCUCGUGGAUACGGGGGCAGACUCGAACAUCAUGUUCCGCAACGUAUUUGACGCCCUGGGGCUGCGCGACACCAACCUAGCGACCCACCAGCAUGGUGUGGUAGGGCUAGGCGACCACUUCAUCAAGCCGGACGGGAUCAUCUCCCUCCCGACCUCAGUGGGACAAGGACAGGGACGGAGGACAGUAAUGGCAGAAUUUGUGGUCUUGCGAGAUUCCACAGCUUACAACAUCAUUCUGGGGAGAAAAACCAUCAACAACCUUGGCGCGACGAUCAGCACGAAACUGCUUGUAAUGAAGUUUGUUACUGACGACGGAUCUAUAGGAUCCAUCAAAGGAGACCUGGAAACGGCAGUCGCCUGCGACCACGCCAGCCUCUCCUUGAGGAAAAAGUCUAAAGAAGCAUCAGGGGUUUUUCUAGCCGACCUGGACGCCAUAAUAGAUGACAAAGCCAAACCCGAGCCAGAGGGGGACCUGGAAAAAUUUAAGGUCGGGAACACGGAGGAGAAGUUCACGUUCAUAAACAGAAAUCUCCCCUAUGGAUUGAAGGGACCUUUGAUGGAGAUGAUCAGAGCCAAUCCGACCUGUUCGCUUGGACACCGGCCAACAUGCCGGGGAUAG